GCUAUAGAUUGGGGGCAGAAGGAAAACAAUUUGCAGAAAGAGAGAGCAUCUAAAGCUUCUUGCUUCCCAAGCUUUCUCUGAUAAAUCCACGGGAACUUCGAGCAUCGACUACCAGUUCGAUCACCAAAAAUGGCUGAUGGAGAAGAAGCCGCACGGCGUCUCACGGCGGUCAAUGAUUACCGCAAGAAGCUCCUCCAGCACAAAGAGUUAGACGCCAGAGUCGGAUCUCUGAGGGAGAAUUUGCGAGCUGCAAAGAAAGAAUUUAACAAGACGGAAGAUGAUUUGAAGUCUCUGCAAAGUGUUGGCCAGAUCAUUGGAGAAGUUCUCAGGCCACUUGACAACGAACGCUUGAUUGUCAAAGCAAGCAGUGGACCGAGGUAUGUGGUUGGAUGCCGCAGUAAGGUGGAUAAAGAAAAAUUAACAUCUGGUACUAGAGUUGUUCUUGAUAUGACAACACUCACCAUUAUGAGGGCUCUUCCACGUGAAGUAGAUCCCGUCGUGUAUAAUAUGUUGCGCGAAGAUCCUGGCAAUGUUAGCUAUUCUGCUGUGGGUGGCUUAUCUGAUCAAAUUAGGGAACUUAGGGAGUCCAUUGAGCUACCUCUCAUGAAUCCUGAGCUUUUCCUUAGAGUUGGCAUCAAACCUCCCAAGGGUGUUCUUCUGUAUGGCCCUCCUGGUACUGGCAAGACAUUGUUAGCAAGAGCAAUUGCAAGCAACAUAGAUGCCAACUUCUUAAAGGUUGUAUCGAGUGCUAUAAUUGAUAAGUACAUUGGAGAAAGUGCGAGGUUAAUCCGCGAAAUGUUUGGAUAUGCACGUGAUCACCAGCCCUGCAUAAUUUUUAUGGACGAGAUUGAUGCCAUUGGUGGGCGGAGAUUCAGUGAAGGAACAAGUGCAGAUCGUGAAAUUCAGCGAACGUUGAUGGAGUUACUUAAUCAGCUUGAUGGUUUUGAUCAACUUGGUAAGGUCAAAAUGAUAAUGGCUACAAACAGACCGGAUGUUCUGGACCCUGCACUUCUUCGGCCAGGACGAUUGGACCGUAAAAUUGAGAUACCUUUGCCGAAUGAGCAAUCCAGAACGGAGAUCCUUAAGAUUCAUGCUGCUGGAAUUGCGAAGCAUGGUGAAAUCGACUAUGAAGCUGUUGUAAAGCUUGCAGAGGGAUUUAAUGGAGCUGAUAUGCGGAAUGUCUGCACCGAAGCUGGAAUGUCGGCUAUUCGAGCCGAACGUGACUAUGUCAUCCACGAAGAUUUCAUGAAGGCAGUACGAAAACUGAACGAAGCAAAGAAACUCGAGUCCAGUUCGCACUAUAACGCCGAUUUUGGGAAGGAUUAAAGCAAUGUAAGGAGUCUUUGUAGCCAAAAUCUUUGCAGGGAACAAUGCACUCUUGGGAUGCAUGCAAAAAAUGAGCUAUUCCUGGUAUCAAUUAUGUUUUUCUACGAACUAUAGGAACCUGUUGUAUCUGAUCACAGACGAUGAUAUGAACAUUCAUGAAAAUCUAGCCAUUCUUCUUUCUUAUUUUA